AUGGGCCCCUCAUUAAAGAAAUUGGAAGCAGCACACAAGCACGAUGGACGGAAGAGAGUGGUGAUAUUGGAGCUGGUGAGUUGUGCUGGAAAGAGAGGCAGCAAUCGGUUGAGAGAGUUACAUGGAAGAGACGAAUACUCUGGUGAACAUUCUUUUUUCUUAGGCAUUCCUCGAGGCUUUAUUUGCCCACUAAUUGGAAAGUUGUUUGAAGAUCUAGUGACCAUAGAGACGGGUCAAACCUUUGAACGUGUGGCCAUCAAGGUGUGGUUUGAUCAGGGAAACAAAACAUGUCCAGUAACAGGAAAACCUUUGGAAUCUCUUGCAGUGCCCCUUACCAAUUUUGUUUUGAAGCGUGUAAUUGACAAUUGGAGAUCAGAACAUUGUAGGAAGCUCUUGGCUUUCGCCUUUCAAGUAAUAGAAAACUUAGGCAAACAUGGUCUCAAACACUUGGAUGAAUCUGUCGUUUGCAUAUUAAAGCAGCUUCUCACGACUUUCAAUGAACAGGAAAGAAGAGCAAAUGCCAAACUUCUUAUAUCUCAUGGUGGCUUGCAUUUUCUUCUUCAAAGGCUUGAAUUGGGAGAGUUAGAAGAGAAGUCACAAGUGGUGGUACUCUUGUCCUGUUGUAUUGAAGUAGAUGCAACAUGCAGAAAUCAGAUUGCAAGAAAUAUCAAUAAACAGUGUCUUCUUCAGCUACUCCAGAGCAAGCAAUUUAAGUCGAGAAGAAAUGCAAUGUUGUUGUUGAGUGAACUGAUUUUUCUGGGAAGGUGGAAAGACAUCACUUUAUUUGUAAGAGGCUUGCCGAAUGAAGGGAUAGUGAAUAUUAUGCCUAUUUUGCUUGAGUAUCUCCAGAGUUCUCCAAAGGCUCACAGACCCCUAGUUCCUGUCCUUCUGUUACACUUAGAUCUUCUGGUAGAACCUAAAAAAGACAGCAUAUACAGAGAGAAGGCAAUUGAUGCCAUUAUAGUGGCUCUUGAGGACAUCUUGGUGGAUGAGAAGGUCCAAGAAAAGUGUUGCCAAGUACUUCUUAUAUUGGGAGGGCGUUUCUCUUUCUUUGGGAAGCUAUUGACAGGGAGUUGGAUCCUAAAGCAAGCAGGAUUUAAAGAUAUGUGUGGUGGGAAUUCUCUUGAAAAUGAAGAUGAAAAUUUAUUAGUUGAUGACACUAUCUCAUUGCUUGGUUAUCAUAAAGUAACUGAAGAGGGACAAGAGCUGGAAACCCAAUCUCUUGAAGAAAGUGCUGCAACCAUGUCAACUCACUAG